AUGGGCCUCGCCUACAACACAUAUCUCAAUAGCGCCCGUGUCUACGGCUGCAAGAACUGCAAAACCCACCUGGCGAACCACGAUGACAUUAUUAGUCGUAACUUCCGUGGCCAGCAUGGGAAGGCCUUCCUCUUCAACAGCGUAGUCAACAUCGAGGCGGGCGACCCCGGGGAGCGCAGCAUGACGACGGGCCGCCAUAUCGUGCGUGAUAUUACGUGCCGGGUGUGCGGCGAUGUCGUCGGAUGGAAGUACGACAAGGCCUACGAACCGACCGAGAAGUACAAGGAGGGCAAGUUCAUCCUCGAAGCGGAGCUGCUGUGUACCGUUAGCUGA